ACAGUAAUCGCCGCUGCACCAAGAGCAAGAAGAAGAACCAAAACAACAUUUUACUGAACUCAACUGAAAAUAAACAAAUAAAAUCCCUGAAAGAUGACAGAAUUUGGAGGAGAUUCGGGUGGCCGGCUAAAGGGCGUGACCAUAGUCAAGCCCAUUGUGUACGGGAACAUAGCUCGGUCCUUCGGAAAGAAGCGGGAGGAGGACGGACACACGCACCAGUGGAAGGUGUAUUUGAAGCCCUACUUCAACGAGGACAUGUCCAUUUACGUGAAGAAGGUGCAUUUUAAGCUGCACGAGAGCUACGCCAAUCCCAACAGGAUCGUGGUUAAGCCGCCCUACGAGAUCACCGAGACGGGGUGGGGAGAGUUUGAGGUGGUCAUCAAGAUAUACUUCAACGAUCAGUCUGAGCGCCCGGUUACAUGCUACCACAUCCUGAAGCUCUUCCAGUCGCCCGUUGUCGAUGGCGAGCUCACCUCUAGCACCACCAUGGACACCAAAAAGGGUCUGGUCUCCGAGUCGUACGAGGAGAUCGUGUUCCAAGAGCCCACCCAGGUAAUGCAGCAUUAUCUCAUGCUCUCUGAACAGAGUGCCAAUGGACUCCUAAGUCACGACACUGACUUUGAGGAAAAGAAGUCGAAAACGCUGGACAACAUUGUCAACGUGAAGCAGAAAGUUAAGGGCGAGAUUGUCACACUUAAGGACAAACUAAAGCUGGCAAGAGAGACCAUCUCCAAGUUCAAGGCGGAGUUGGCCAAGGUGCAAAAGCAACCUGCGUAAAGUUUGUUCAACUUUUCUGCCCAUAUGCCUCUAGAGCACUCAGUUUUAAGUACCUAUUUGUAAAUUAUUAAAUGGAAGAUUAAAAAAUCUAUUAAUUUUAA